GAGAGGGAGAGAGAGGGGGAUAGAGGGAGAGACAGAGACAGAGAGAGGGGGAGAGAGCCUAAGCCUCUAAGUGUAAUGUAUUGUAUUCUGUGAAAGGGCAGGCUGCACCCUUUUCCCCCUCCUGAACUCUGAACCGCUCGUUGUGUCAGAACUUUUAGGAGGAGUCAUUGACUUGGGUCACAGGAAAGACAGGGGAGAGAAGGAGAAGAAAAGGAGAGCGACAGUAGAGAAGUAGAGCAGUGAGAGGGACCUCCGGGUCAUUUCACAGAGACAGAAGGGGAAAGAGGUCAACUCUAUUACUUUUCCUGGAAGUGAACUCAAAAACGUAUUUAGUAUGAUUAGAAACUAAAGUGUUAUAGCUGAAGAUUUUCAGAGAAAAGAGGAGAGCACUCGGUGAGUGAACAGGCGUGUGUAAGAGAGAGUGUGUGUGUCGGCCGUUUAGCUCAGAUAUGGCCAUGGUGAGCGGGGGAUGGGGCAAUCCUAACCGGGAGACCAACGGACUGGGUGGGGAGAAGGCUUACCUGCGUGGAGAUGAGGAGGGCUCGCCCCAGGCCGGGAGCGAUGUGGAGGUGGGAGACGAAGACAAGGCGUGCGUGGUGGACUGCGUGGUGUGUGGGGACAAGUCCAGUGGGAAACACUAUGGGGUGUUCACCUGCGAGGGUUGUAAGAGCUUCUUCAAGAGGAGCAUCAGAAGGAACCUCAACUACUCCUGCAGGUCGAAUCGAGAAUGCCAGAUAGACCAGCAUCACCGCAACCAGUGCCAAUACUGCCGGCUGAAGAAAUGCUUCCGUGUUGGCAUGCGCAAAGAAGCAGUCCAGCGUGGGCGUAUCCCUCCAUCCCACUCAGGCAUCAGUCCCACUUCUUUGGUCGGCGGAGGUGGUGGUACUGGGGCCGGGCCAGUAGGGGGCGAAUUCUUCAACGGCCAGCCUGUGUCUGAGCUCAUCUCCCAGCUGCUCCGUGCUGAACCGUACCCCAGCAGCCGCUACGGUCCCCAAUACGGCCAGCAGCAGCAGAUGCAAGGUGCUGGAGGAGGCUCCGUCAUGGGCAUCGACAACAUCUGUGAGCUGGCGGCACGCCUCCUCUUCAGCACCAUCGAGUGGGCCAGGAACAUCCCCUACUUCCCUGAGCUGCCCGUCUCUGAGCAGGUGGCUCUGCUGAGACUGAGCUGGAGCGAGCUGUUCAUCCUGAACGCAGCCCAGUCCGCCCUGCCACUACACAUGGCCCCACUGCUGGCCGCCGCCGGCUUCCACUCCUCACCCAUGUCAGCAGAGAGGGUGGUGUCCUUCAUGGACCAGGUGAGGGUGUUCCAGGACCAGGUGGACAAGCUGACCCGACUUCAGGUGGACUCGGCAGAGUACAGCUGCCUCAAGGCCAUCGCUCUCUUGUCUCCAGAUGCGUGUGGUCUGACAGACCCCAUCCACGUAGAGUCUCUGCAGGAGAAGGCCCAGGUGGCUCUGAUGGAGUACGAGAGGAUGCAGUACCCGGGUCAACCCCAGCGCUUCGGCCGUCUGCUCCUCCGCCUGCCUGCCCUCAGGGCCGUGCCCGCCAACCUCAUCUCCCAGCUGUUCUUUAUGCGCCUGGUGGGCAAGACACCCAUCGAGACCCUCAUCAGGGACAUGCAACUCUCUGGGAGCUCCAUUAGUUGGCCUUACGUCCCUGGGCAGUGAGGACAGGAGCCUGGGACCCACAGGACCCUGGAGGAACCUGGAAACUGGAACCCAGAAUGGGAUGGAGAGGGAUUAGCCACUGAUAUCAUUAAUGUCUAAAUUCUUGAGGAUUUAGUAGAGGAGGACUAUAUUGCUACUCACUCACACAGAGUCAAACACUGAGCUUCCAGUGAAUGGAGCUGGAAUCAAACCAUUGGUAGUUUAGCUGUCCGUGUAUUCCAAGGAAAUUAUUAAUUUGUCUUGGAGUAUAUUUCCUGAUCUGUAUCAUGACCUCUUUGAAUGACCUGUCUGAAACACAGAACAGGGUUCUAGAACACAGAACAGGGCUCUGAAACACAGAACAGGGCUCUGAAACACAGAACAGGGUUCUAGAAUAUAGAACAGGGCUCUGAAACACAGAACAGGGCUCUGAAACACAGAACAGGGCUCUGGAACACAGAACAGGGCUCUGAAACACAGAACAGGGCUCUGAAACACAGAACAGGGCUCUGAAACACAGAACAGGGCUCUGAAACACAGAACAGGGCUCUGAAACACAGAACAGGGCUCUGAAACACAGAACAGGGUUCUAGAAUACAGAACAGGGCUCUGAAACACAGAACAUGGCUCUGGAACACAGAACAGGACUCUGGAACACAGAACAGGACUCUGGAACACAGAACAGGGCUCUGGAACACAGAACAGGGCUCUGAAACACAGAACAGGGCUCCGGAACACAGAACAGGGCUACAAAACAUGGAACAGGGCUCUGAAACAGAGAACAGGGUUCUGGAACACAGAACAGGGUUCUAGAAUACAGAACAGGGCUCUGAAACACAGAACAGGACUCUGGAACACAGAACAGGGCUCCGAAACAUGGAAUAGGGCUCUGAAACACAGAACAGGGCUCUGGAACACAGAACAGGGUUCUAGAACACAGAACAGGGUUCUAGAAUACAGAACAGGGCUCUGAAACACAAAACAGGACUCUGGAACACAGAACAGGGCUCUGGAACACAGAACAGGGCUCUGGAACACAGAAUAGGGCUCCGAAACACGGAACAGGGUUCUAGAAUACAGAACAGGGCUCUGAAACACAGAACAGGACUCUGGAACACAGAACAGGGCUCUGGAACACAGAACAGGGCUCCGAAACAUGGAACAGGGCUCUGAAACACAGAACAGGGCUCUGGAACACAGAACAGGGCUCUGGAACACAGAACAGGGCUCUGAAACACAGAACAGGGCUCCGGAACACAGAAUAGGGCUCCGAAACACGGAACAGGGCUCUGGAACACAGAACAGGGCUCUGAAACACAGAACAGGGCUCUGGAACACAGAACAGGGCUCUGGAACACAGAACAGGGCUCCGGAACACAGAACGGGGCUCCGGAACACAGAACAGGACUCUGGAACACAGAACAGGGCUCUGGAACACAGAACAGGGCUCUGGAACACAGAACAGGGCUCCGGAACACAGAACAGGGCUACAAAACACGGAACAGGGCUCUGAAACAGAGAACAGGGUUCUGGAACACAGAACAGGGUUCUAGAAUACAGAACAGGGCUCUGAAACACAGAACAGGGCUCUGAAACACAUAACAGGGCUCUGAAACACAUAACAGGGCUCUGAAACACAGAACAGGGCUCUGGAACACAGAACAGGGUUCUGGAACACAGAACAGGGUUCUAGAAUACAGAACAGGGCUCUGAAACACAGAACAGGACUCUGGAACACAGAACAGGGCUCCGGAACACAGAACAGGGCUCCGAAAUACAGAACAGGGCUCUGAAACACAGAACAUGACUCUGGAAUACAGAACAGGGCUCUGAAACACAGAACAGGGCUCUGGAACACAGAACAGGGCUCUGAAACACAGAACAGGGCUCUGAAACACAGAACAGGGCUCUGAAACAUAGAACAGGGCUCUGGAACACAGAACAGGGUUCGAGAAUACAGAACAGGGAUCUGAAACACAGAACAGGGCUCUGAAACACAGAACGGGGCUCUGGAACACAGAACAGGGUUCGAGAACACAGAACAGGCCUCUGAAACACAGAACAGGGCUCUGAAACACAGAACAGGGCUCUGAAACACAGACUGUAACUAAAGGCCCAGUGCCACUACUACCUCCAUCCCCAUGGCGUCCCACGCGACUCUGACCCCAGGCUCUGCGUGGCUCUCUGGCUGCUGUGUUAGGCCCCUGGGUCUCAUGUGGGACCCUAUUCCCCUUAGCUACAGUGCAUAGGGCUCUGGUACUCAAACGUAGUGCACUGUGAAGGGAAUAGGGUGCCAUUUGAGAUUCAGACACAGGGAUUAUGAAGCCACAGCCACGCCACAUACUGCCAUUUUAUUGUGUUUUGUCCUGAGCUCUCUAUUCAUGUAAAUCGUUGAGUUUGAUUUACAUUCAUGUUGAGCUUAUAGUGUAAAAUGUCAUGUGUACAUUUUGCAUAUGUGGUCAUGUUAAAUCUCUGAAUGUUAUGCAAAUAGCGGGCUCUCUCCAUAGUAUAAGCAAUAGCAUACAUGCUACAGUGCAUGCUAUGGUGCCCGAACACUUGCACAAGCUAGCAGAGGUGAAUGUAUAUGAUAGAUAUCCCCUCACACGCAUCCUGAGUCACAACGAGUCACCCCUGUCUUAUACGUUGUUACCUCAAGGUUUAUACCAAUGACAGCGAUUGUAUAGUGGAUUACCUGAUAAUAGAACCCUUGCAUUUUUAAACGGAACUAAGAACCCUCCGUGAUGUGAUCGAUGACAAACACAAAGAGAUCAAAGCCUCGUACACACCAGCAUUAUGUCAUUAGCCUGAAAGUGAACUAACUGUAGGGUUGACCCUUGUCAUAAGGCCUAUCAGAAGGCUAGGUGGAGCCAUGACCGUACUGCUUAGACCUGAAGGGUAGGGGGCUAGGGGAAGCGGUUGCUUUCAGAUCAGACAUUUCAUGUGAUCGUCAUACAAUGUAACUAAAGGUACAGACCCCUUUAAGGACUAAAGGGUAUGCUGUGUAUUAACAGUAAAACUACGGUACAGUGCACGAGGCUGUGUGCAUACUCUUAGUGAUAUUGGCCUGGACUGCAAUUUCAUGUGACAAUGCUUCUUUUUUUUUUUUUCCCAAUUGACUUACUCAGAGUGGACGUAUGAAUACCUGAAAUCAAAGAAUCUGUUUUACUCUGAUGGGAUUUUGACUAACGACUUCAUUGUGUAGUUCUACAUAAGAAUCAUGUUUUUAUUGCGAUGUCAAACCAAAAUGUAAAGAUAAUUGCUACUGCUGACCAUGGCUAUUUUUGCAUUACUAAAAAUAAAGUAUAAGUACUCUUA